AUCAUCCCAAGCACAACAACAUCAGCGGAAUUUUAAAGGAAAGAUAACAAUAUGACAAGAGCCUGCUAUCUAAUGUUGAGCCUCCCUCUUCUUGUGGCGGUAGCUGCAAAUGAAACUCCACAACAAGUGGUGACAAAAUACAACAAUUACAAGGCGAUAUGCAAUGGACUCGGUUAUAAAAAUUUGGGUUGCAAAGAUACUAGUACCAUUGCUUUCCAAUCUUCACUUACCCAUAAUUUGAAUAACAUGAAGAACCACGAAACAGUGGUCUUUGAUAAGGUUUCGGUAAAUGAAGGAAAAGCUUACGACAGUUCUUCGGGAAUAUUUACGGCACCAUUGGAUGGAACCUAUUCCUUUACCUGGACAACAUUAACAACAGGGGGUAAAUAUUUUAUCUCUGAAAUAAUGCAAAAUGGAAAAGUAAUUACAAAGAAUUAUACCGACGGCAGAGGUCGUGAUGGAUAUGAAAUGUCAACCUCCCAUGCAAAUAUCAAAAUGAAGAAAGGCGAUAAAGUAUGGAUUAGAACCUAUGGAAACUUGGGACAGCACGCCGUUGGUGGACAUUGGUGUUAUUUUUCUGGAUUAAAAUUGUAGCAUGUCUGUAUAGAUAUCAAAAUAAAGCAAUUUAAGU